AUGUCUAUAGAUCUAGGACGAAAAACGCUUUUCAAUAUAGAAAAAGGGCCAUCGGACAAUUGGUUCAAAAAGCUUAUCCAGAGACACCCGGAGCUAUCCGAGAGAAAGCCUGAGAAUCAAGACAAAGCCAGAACAGCUAUGUCGAACAAGGGCGUUAUGGAACGCUUUUGCUCAUUUCUAAAGGAUGUAUUUGUGAAGUACGACGUCAUGAACAAACCGUCACAGGAAAGUAAAACAACAGCCAUUGAUGAAACAAAUUAUCACAACCAAAGUUGUUUUUACUUGUCUUGGAGAACUGAUUUAGAGCUGAAGACACUGAGAGAAAUUGUCAUACACAGUUCGGGAAAAAACUUAAGCGCGGUCAAUGAAUCUAAAGCAGUAAGAAACAUAUCAGAUAUUUGCAAGCGUUUUGUGACUUUAGAAAGCAGUCUUGGACGAAUGGGAAAUCAAAUGUUUCAAGUUGCCGCUGUGUUGGGUGUAGCAUACACUUAUGACAUUGUACCAAUUCUACCAAAACAAUGUCUACUAGCUAAAUAUAUCGAUUUGCCGAAUGCUGUUGAUAAAAGGGAAAUAUUAGAUAAUACAGUUAGAUUUAGGUGCAAAGCCACAGCUUAUUUCAGCGUUUGUCCCGCUGGUGUUUUAGAUUCUAAGUCAAAUAUAACUAUGCAUGGACAUUUUCAAUCAUGGCUGUUUUUUAAAAAGGCACAAGACAUGAUAAGGAAAGUUUUAACUUUAAAAGGAAUAUACAAGAUGAAAGCUGAUCAUUUUAUACGUACAUCAACGAAAAGUGGUUAUAAAAAAGUAUGUAUCCAUAUUCGACGAGGAGACUUUUUAAAAGAAAGACUAUUAAGGAAAGGGUUUUCUGUUGCAGACCUAACGUAUAUUAAACGAGCAAAGGAGGUAUUUCUUAAAAGGUAUUCCAAAGUACAAUUUGUAGUGUUAAGCAAUGACAAGGAAUGGUGCAAAAUGCAUAUCAAAGGGGAUGUGAUCAGUAACUUCACAGAACCUGGAGAUGAUAUGGCUUUAAUGGCAUUGUGUGACGACGUAGUUGUUACAUCAGGAACUUUUGGUUGGUGGGGUGCAUGGCUUUCUGGUGGAACGACUGUAUAUUUCAAGGGAUACCCGAGACCAAGGUCUCCUUUAGAUCUUCAUUUCAACAGAACUGAAUAUUAUCCACCUCACUGGAUUGGCAUAUAA